UGGCUAAAGCGAUGACGACCCAUCAUUUUUUUUUUAAAUUUUUCUCUUUGGUUUUUUUCUAAGCCAUCCGCCAAUAUUCAUCACCUUUUCGGCUUUUCCUUUUGGUGCGUCUAAUCAAUGCCCAAUACCCCACAAACAGAUAUACAUCAAAAGUAAACGCAACAUAGUUUAAGAGAGUCGGAGAGAUGAACAUGCGAGGAACCGUAAGGAGAACAGAAGAGACCCGGAGGAGAAAAAGGAAGAAGAAAAGCUUAGAAUAACAAAGAGAGAGAAAUUGGGUUUUUGAUUGUUCUUGCUUAAUUCUAUGCUAUGUUUUGUUUGAUCGCAAGCUUAACUGGAUAUGCACUGAUAUUUGGAAAACCAUGAAUGUCACUUUGCUCUUUGCUUCCUGGCAUGAAGGCGAAAUGUGGAUUCCUGCCUGUUCUUUCAGAUUCGUGGUUCUUGACUGAGUUUAUCCGUACUAUUUAGUGAAGUGCCAUGGUUGAAAUGGGAUUGCAUUUGGUAAAUAGAUUUAAUACUCUCGAUCAAAGAGAUGAUAUAGAUAUGAAAUCAGAUUAGACAAAGUUGCUUCUUUAAUUAGUGGGAAUUAGUGCAUGUGAAGUUUUAAUUUUCUUUCUGGGCAUUGGUAGGGCUGGGCAACUUGAUUUUGGUUGUUCAUUGGAACUUGAAAGUGGAAUGAGGGAAUAAAUGUGUAGGAGUAGAUAGGAUCAAUAAAAGAAGACCUAGAAUAUUCAGAAGAACAAUACACUGAACUGUAGAAUGGGCUUGCCUCAAGUGUCCUCUGGCAGUAUUGCUGAGGAAGUGGCAGCAUCACUGAGCUCGUUCGUGCAAAAUCCACCUAGAAUUGUUGCUGUGAGAAGUUGUGACUUGAGUGCAAUGCAUGGAAGAAAUCUGGGCAACCACAUUCAAGUGGAUAUUCCAUGUGCUUCUUUUGGAGAGUUCCAAAGGAGAACCAUCCCAGAGUUUCCAAAGGAACCAGAUUGUUCAAGCAUGCAUAAAGAUGGCAGAUCCAGCAUGCAUAAGUUGAAGAUUAACUCUAUGGAACAAAAUGGCUUGUUUCCUGGUAUCAGUGGACGGAAUAUUCAGACACCUGUUCCUAGGAUUGUGGGUUUUGAAUCAAGGGCUUUAAAUUCUCCUAUUAAUGUGUUUGAUGGAAGCCAAUCUUCUUCUACCGUGGCUAGUAUAAAAGAUAAUCCAAACGAGGCCACUGGAUCAGUGGUCAGGAAGCGGUUAUUUUCUCCUUUAAAUGGGAUGCUUCUCACUGAUCAAUUUAAUGGCGAUUCUCUAGACAUUGGCAGUGGCGUUGAUCAGAGUAAUUUCAAUAGUGGUAAUGAUCCUCAAAAUGUUUCUAUGUUACAAGAGCAUAAGAGAGCUCAUAAAGGCGACUCCAAUUAUUUCAAUUCUCCAAUAUGGUCUCUGUCAUGUUUCCCACAGUGGAAGAAUUCAUUGGAUGAUAAUUGUGGAACAAAGUCCAUGUUUCUCACUGAUGGCCCAUUGCUAGGAAAACAGGAGUCUCAAUGUCAUCAUCAUUUUAUAUCGUCGCCUGAAUUUAAUUACUUGGGAGAAUCAAACAAGGCAAGGUCCCAAACAGGGGCAAUAGCCAUACCUCCAACUCCAAAAAAGGUGGUUUCACCUCCCUUGUCUUUGUCUCCCCUUGGUCCAAAGUGCCCUGAAAGGGUGAAAUCUACAGGAGGGUGUGAGGAUAAUACAACAGAGUCAGAUGAUGACAAUAUAACUUUCAAGGACAUGGAACAGUCGCUUGAUGGAACUUUCUCAGGCUAUUUUUCUUCCGAAAAAAACGAUAUUAGGAUGCCAAGUAAAUCAUCAGAAGAUCUUGAUAAUUUGCAGAAGAAGUUUGACCUGUUUAUUCCUCAGAAUCCCACUGGCAUGGGACAGCAUUGGAGUCAUGAUUCUGACUUUACUUCCCAUGUGAAAUUGGUUAGAUCUCUGAGUGGACUGCCAGUUAGAAGGUCCUUGGUUGGUUCAUUCGAGGAGUCUCUUUUGUCUGGUCGGUUAUUAUCUGCAAAAGUUAGUCAGAGGAUUGAGGGUUUCCUUGCUGUUCUGAAUGUUACUGGAGGGAAUUUCUCACCUAAAUCACAGAAACUUCCAUUUGCUGUAACCAGUGUGGAUGGAGAUAACUACUUAUUGUAUUAUUCAACAAUUGAUCUUCCCGCAAAUGUGGCAGCAAGCAAGUGCAGGGGUGCCAAAAUGAAGAGGAACCUUACCAUUGACGAAUCACAAGCAGAAAAGAGUCGCAUGCGUAUACCUAUGAAAGGACGCAUACAACUAGUUCUCAGCAAUCCAGAAAAGACACCUAUCCACACUUUCUUUUGUAAUUAUGAUUUGAGUGACAUGCCAGCUGGUACCAAGACAUUUUUGCGGCAAAAGAUCACUCUGGCUCCUUCUGCUCCAACAUCGAUGUCUGGGAUUGAAAGACCUAGAGAUCUUCAUUCGAAAAAUGAUGCCAGACCCUCUUUGAUCCCAAACACUAGUCAUACCAUGCAGCUUAGCGAUGGUGAUGCUAACUCAAAUGGGGUUGAUGAUGUGCAUAUGGAAAUUAUGGAAGCUGGAGGUUCUGGCUAUCCCGAGCAUAUUGCUGCUCAAUCCCAAACCAAGAGAGAGGAGAGCAGAGUGACCUUGCAUUUUGGUGGAUUCGACAGUCGUGCAAAUAAAAAGACUGGUAGGGAGGACAACUUUCCAUCAAAUACGAAUCAUGUAACUGAAAGCAAACCUGUAUACAGCCCUCCAAAGAUCAAUGAGAACGCUACCACCCCUGGUGUUCUGCGCUAUGCUCUUCACCUCCGUUUUGUAUGCCCUUUACCUAAGAAAUGUUCUAGGUCAGCCCAGAAGUGCAAAUCUGAUUCCUUAUCUGAACCAGCUACGACGAAUACGGAUAUCAAAGGAGAGCGGCGCUUCUAUUUGUAUAAUGAUUUGAGGGUGGUCUUCCCCCAACGCCACACAGAUGCUGAUGAGGGCAAGUUACAUGUGGAGUAUCAUUUUCCUUCAGAUCCAAAAUACUUCGAUAUCAGCAACUAAAAUGCACUGUAUAUUCUCUCAUCCUUGUACAUCUUUGUUUCAGAUGAAAGAUCCCUGUACAUACUUUGUACAUAUAAUUUGGUUGUCUUUUGGACAAUUUCCCCCCAUUCAUUUUGUAAAUAUAACUUUAUGUUCAAUAAUUAGUCAAUUUAAUGUUCUUAAUCA